AUGACGUCCCGCAAAACACAACAAGAGAUCGAUAAGACUUUCAAGAAAGUUGCAGAGGGGAUCCAAACAUUUGAAGGCAUCUACGAGAAGAUCCGCUCAGCCACGAAUCCCACCCAGCGCGAUAAGCUUGAGGACAACCUCAAGCGUGAGAUCAAGAAGCUCCAAAGGUUUCGCGACCAGAUCAAAUCAUGGGCAGCCGGGAAUGAGGUGAAGGACAAGGCCCCGCUGCUCGAGCAGCGCAGGGCAAUUGAAACGUGCAUGGAGCAAUUCAAGGCCGUGGAGAAGGAAAUGAAGACGAAAGCCUACUCCAAAGAAGGUCUUUCCGCCGCCUCGCGACUCGAUCCGAGAGAGAAGGAGAAGGUGGAAACCUGUGACUUCCUAUCAUCCAUGGUAGACGAGCUCCAGCAGAAGAUCGAGGCCAUGGAGGCGGAGGAGGAGACACUUCAUGCACAGAUGAAGAAGGGCAAAAAGGACGUGAAUAAGGCCAACCGGCUGGCCGAUAUCUCCCGCGUCACAGAACGACAUAAGUGGCACGUCAACAAGCUCGAAUUUCUCAAUCGAUCACUCCAGAAUGGCAAUCUUGAAGUCAGCCAGGUGCAGGAUCUCAAGGAGAGCAUCAAAUACUACGUCGAGGAAGGCGGGAAUGACGACUAUUCUGGCGAGGACGAAACGCUGUAUGAUGAUCUCAACAUCGGAGAAGAGGUCGAGGCUCAAUUCGGAAUGGGAGGCGAGAACGAUCCGGUGUCGUCGCAAGAUGCCCAGUCCAACCAAGACGAUGAGCCCGAGCCGAAGCCAAAGGCCAAGGCAGAACCUGCGGCGCCCCGACGACCAUCGACACAGAUGAAGUCGCCGCUUCCUGUACUCGCUACUCUCCAUCCCUCUGCAUCAUCGAACCCUACCACGGGCAUGAAGCCCGCACCGCUCCCGACUCGCCUCCCUGGGGAAACCCUCAAGUAUGCAUCUGCCGCCGCAGCUGCGGCCGCCAGUGAUAAGAGCGGAGUGGGGAUUCUCCCUCUACCACCGCCACCAGGUGCCAGUCCCGCAUUCUCGGCCGCUUUUCCCGUUUCUAAGGCGUCAUCUACGGCUUCGCCCAGUGUGACACCGGCGCAGCUCGUCACCAAGUCGACUACCGCUACAGGCACGACGACACUCAACGAUGAGCCGAGUGGAGCAGUGCGUUCCAAAACUCCGGCCGGUGCAGUGUCUGGAGCACCAUCACCAGCACCGGCAGACAAGAUGGGAGUCCAUAAGGAACCCCCGGUUGCGAAUGGCAAGGCAAGCCAGGAGGCAGGCGAGGACGAUGACUCAAUCUACCAUCUGCCUCCAGGUCUCCAAGAUCUGAUGCAAUCAUUCGAGGUGACCAAGGAGCGAGCGUCGGCCAAUCCAACGCCAUCUGUGCAACGCCUCCUUGCCACAUCGCUCACGACCUGUCCCGAGCCUGGAGACGCCGAGAAGCCUCGUCAUUACAAGCCGCAGCACCCCUACAAUACCCCUCUCUAUUACCCGCAAGAGCCCCUCCCGAUCUUCGACGAUCACCGGCUGUACGAUACAGGCAGGAUCGACACUGAUACGCUGUUUUACCUCUUCUACUACCGGCAGGGGUCCUAUCAGCAGUACUUAUCGGCCAAAGCGCUGAAGAACCAGAGCUGGCGGUUCCACAAGCAAUACCAGACGUGGUUCCAGCGGCAUGAGGAGCCCAAGACGAUCACGGAAGAGUUUGAGCAGGGCACGUAUCGAUUCUUCGAUUAUGAGAGUACAUGGAUGAACCGGCGUAAGGCCGAUUUCAAGUUUGUGUACAAAUACCUUGAGGACGAGUUAUAA